CACCUUUACCUUUUUACCUUCUUUACCUUCUUUACCUUCUUUUUCCUUCUCAUUCCUAUUCUUCUCAUUUUCCUUUCAAUCAAUAAUUGUCACUAUUUCAGUUCAACUGAACAAAGGAAACCAUUUGGACUAGCCAACAACAUAACAAAUGAUGUUUCAACCACGUACUGGGGCCCUUCAAAGGGUUCUCUCACAAUCCUUGCGAACACACCCCGGCAGAUUGAGCCGGGAAUGGAUCAGCCCGCAUCCACAAAGCUGGGCCAAAAACAGAUACGGUUUAUACUCGACUAGUAGUACCAGCACUGCUCCGACAUCACCGUCAUCACCAUCACCAGCCCAGUCUUCUCCAUCAGCUGAUACUCCAAAGUCCAGAGCACAUCAGGCAGGGGGAGGCCUGUCAGCAUGGUUUCGCCGGCUAUCGCUUAUUUCAGUCUCGGCAGCUGCAGGCGCUCUUGCUUAUGCCAAAUAUGAACCCAACAGUGUGGGUGGAUUCAGUAGCUUGCCUAUCGGCAAGAUCCAGCCUACGAUCUUGGGUACAGAGGAGCCGGACGAAGCCUACCCUUCGAAUGGCAAGCCUAGUCCUGAAAAGGCAAAGGAGAUCAAGAAAUCCGUUUUGUUGGAACAACAAAUGGAGGAGUUGGACCUUGUGAAGGAAUAUAAAUCAAAGGCUAAAUUGGGUGAAUGGAAGGAGGCAGAGCCGUAUUGGUAUUUGACCAAAGCAACAAAGCCUCACCAUCUGACAGCUGGGACUCUUCGUGGAGAGAACAUGUUGAGUGUUCAUCCUCUAAAAUUCGAGAGAAAGGAUAAGAAGGCCAUUGUACUCUUCAUGCAUCUAGGGCGCAGUCUUUGUGGACACGACCAGAUAAUCCACGGCGGACUUUUGGCCACACUUCUCGAUGAGGCAACCGGUAUGGUGGCACUACCAAAUCUUCCUUUACACAUUGCCUUCACAGCUAAUUUGAACAUCAAUUAUCGCAAACCUGUCAAGGCAGAUCAGUUUGUGAUGGUUACAGCUGAAUUUGAAAAGACAGAGGGUCGAAAGGCGUAUACGAAUGCAAGCAUUCAUGAUCUGCAUGGCAACACUUUGGUUGAAUGCACAGCACUUUAUAUCUCACCUAAGAACCCAGCCAUCAUGGUUGCCAAAUACGUAAAGAAUUCUUUGGGGCUUUAAGAUUCCUUCGGAUACGGAUAUUCAUAUAGACAAUAGAUAUAGAUAUAACUAAUAUAGACUUGGCCAUGGAUAUGGACAUAAACAUAGAUAUAGACAUGAAUGAAUGCAUUAUCAUCAAU